ACAAAAGUGAGCGGGGUUAAUUUGCCACCUGGUACAUUUUAUUUUUUCUUUCAGAUUAUUGGUUUUACAAGAUGAGAAGUCAGCUCGCCCUUUUGGUCUUGGCCGUGGCAGUUUUUGCCAUAGGCGAGGUCCACGCCGCUUCCACCAUGAUCACCACGGACAAGGACGGCUCGAUAAACUGCGACGGCCUAAAGUGCCCGCCGGGCAACGGCGUGCGCUGCGAGGUCAACUCCAGCACCCUCAACGGCCAGGGCACCGUGACGCGGAAGUGCGUGGACGCCACAGGUGCUGUGCUGGCGCAAGGGUCGUACAACGUGCAGUCUCCUGGAUUGACGUUUGCCAAGCAUUCUUCGACUGCCAUUAUCUACACGAAAAGCUAACUUGUCCGACUGUAGCAUAGGAGCCACACUCUUCCACAGUUAUAUUUAUUUAUUGUGAUUAUAAUUACUGCAUUCACCCUGAUUCAUCUCCCGCAUUUUUCCAUUUGCAAUAAUUUUUAUUGUUCUCUCAUGUAAAAACCUCAAACUCAAUUGUAAAUAAAACAAUUAGUAAAGGAAUAAAAAGUUAAUGGCGACUUUUUCA